AUGUGUGUCGCACAUGGAGACGAGUCGGCCCGGAAAGACUUGAGUGGCAAGGAGCGCGCUGAGGAAGCCCGGAUGCGUGCCAAGCAAAUGGCGGAAGAAAACAGGGAGCGGGCUAAGAAAAGGAGAGAAGAGGCCAUCGAGAACCAGCGCCAUGCCAGGGAGAGGGUAAGGACGGAUGCGGAGAUCGGGGACGUGGCGAAACUUUGCGAGGAGCAAAAGCAAGUUGCCAUGCAGUCGUGGCAAAAGGGAUUGUCUGAGUUAUCAGCUCAGAUGGAUGCUGAGGAGAAAAAGCAAAAGGUGUUGACUGGAACCGAAGGCCAGGUGGCUCUCCAGAAGCUGUUUCGUCCACCUGCUUUGCAUGCCAUGGGUUACGUCAGGGCUGGCCUUGUGCCCCAAGAGCUUCGGCAACGAUUACUCAGUCACUUGCACAAACACCGCAGCAGGUCUUUCGUGGAGACAUUCAACCCACUUCUCGGCAACCAGCGCAAAGCGAAGGCGCUGCCGCUGCCACCAGAGUGGACAACAAAGGGGGGCUUCAUGGACCGCCUCCUGAGCCCAAUUGUAGAGAAGGCAUCGGGGAAAGAGAUGGAAAUGGUCAGAAUUGCCCCAAGCCUCCGCAUCUACGAGGAGGGGGCUUCGCUAAUGCGACAUGUGGAUAGUCCGGAAACUCCGAUCACGGUUGCGAUUCCACUCGAAGCUACUGGGGCAGGGUCCAGGUGGCACCUGGAGAUUGGGGAUCCACAGGGCAGGAAGCUACGGCCAUUACCUCUUCAGCCAGGUCAUCUCCUGGUCUAUGAAGGCGCAAGGCUUCCACAUGCCAGGAUGGGCCAGCUGUCUGCUGGAGACUUGACAGUGGCUUUUGCAUACUAUCGUCCCAAAGAGAACUACGAUGCAAGGCGAGUACAGCGCACAGUGGAUCAGUUGCUAGCAUCGCAUAACGCUGCAUCAAGAGGUCCCUCAAGACCGCCGGCUCCAAAGCCUCUGAAAAAAAAGGACGAGUUUCGCAGCACCGACGAGCUGUAG